GAUGAACCCUAGCUCUCACCACCUCGCUGUAGCACACACAACAAAUGCUUCGGAGAGUUUUAUCAGGCAGAGCGCUGCCUCGACCCGAACAUGUGCUUUCUAGAACCCGCAGAUACAGAGUCCUCGCGAUCGAAUCUUCAUGUGACGACGCAUGCAUCGCUCUCUUGCAACGAGACAAGGACGCUACAACCGUCAUAACGCACCAGAAAUCUACCCUUGACUCCUCUAAAGACGGCGGACUCAUUCCUAAGGAGGUUUUUAUCCACCACACCGCCAACUUGCCGCCACUUUUGCGCAAGGUGGUGCAGGAGUUUGACCUUCAUAACAACCCGCCGGAUUUGGUAGUGGCUACGCGCGGACCCGGGAUGUCUGGCUCUCUCACCGUGGGGGUCACCUCUGCCAAAGGAUUAGCAAUAGCCUGGAACAAACCGUUCCUUGGUGUGCACCACAUGUUAGGGCAUUUACUUGUCCCGAGACUCAACUUUCCGGGGAUGAGCCCAGAGGAGAUCCCGCAGUUCCCGAUGCUCAGUCUUCUUGUAAGCGGCGGUCACACAUUUUUGGUUUUGUCGAGGUCCCUUUCGGAGCACCAAAUAUUAUGUGACACGAUUGAUAUUGCCAUCGGUGACUCCCUUGAUAAGUGCGCGCGGGAGAUUGGAAUCAGGGGGGUUAUGAUCGGCAAGGAGAUGGAUGCAUUUGUGAAUGAAAGGCCAGAGGACUGGAAUCUACACAAACUGAGCUCCGAGUACAUCGAUAUGGAAAUGCCGCUUCCACUCAAGAACUUUGCAAAGCGUAAGGACGUUCAGCUGUUUUCGUUUUCCCCGUUUGUGAGCGGCGUGCGCAAGGCGUUGGAGACGAAAGUGUACCGCAAAGACGUAUCCAAGGAGGAAAGCAUGAAACUCAUCGCUAAUUUGAGCCCUAGUUUCAGACGGAAUAUGGCGUAUCAGAUUCAGGAAGCUCACAUUAACCACCUCUGCGAUAAACUUGCACUUGUGGUGCGGAUGAACCCGGACUUGCUCGUUGGGGUGCAGAACUUUGUGUUGAGUGGCGGGGUAGGAGCCAAUUCCCGGUUGAGAGAACGCGUGCAAAAAGUAUUUCCGCAGUUUAGGUUUCACUUCCCAAAGCUCGAACUUUGCACUGAUAAUGCAGUAAUGAUUGGGUGGUGUGGCAUUGAGAUCUUUGAAACGUUAAAGGUGGAGAGCAAUCUCAAUGUGUUGCCUCUUCGAAGAUGGCCAUUGGUCGACUUGCUUACGGUAGAUGGGUGGAUGCCAAUAAAAAACGAAGCUACCGAUGUUUCUCCAUAAAUAUGUAUAUAAAAAAAAUUGGUAUUACGAUAAAGGUGUAAUUUAC